AAGGUACUUUUAAGUUUCGCCAUAAUCUUUUUGACAGCUUGUUUGACAAAUAAAAUUUUGUAAAUAAAAAAUGUCUGAAGACGAUCCAUACGCACAUGUUGCAAAAGGUCCCUUAAAAUUAAAAGGUGACGGUGGUAUUAAGAAAAAGAAAAAAAAGAAGGAUAAAGAAAAAUUAGAGCAAGCUGCAAAAGUGGUUAAUAAUGACGAACAAAAGAAUAAUGAAACUGUCGUCGUACAAAAGCGUACCAAAGCAGAAUUAGCAUUCUUGAAGAUGCAAGAAAAAAUGCAAAAUCAAAGAAUUUUGGAAAAAGCCUCAAUGACCCAUAAACAGAGAGUUGAAAAGUUUAAUCAACAUUUGGACAGCUUAACAGAACACUUUGAUAUACCGAAAGUUUCAUGGACAAAAUAAAUAUUUGGUUGUAUUUUUUUACUUAAGUUCAAUAUCGUGUAUAAAGUUUUCGUCUUACAUGUAUUUUAGAUU